GGAGUUAUUGUUUUCUUUCUGCUUUUUAAUGAAGUUUACCCUGUCGCUCUUUCAGGAAAAUGUUAGUAGCUUGGAAAAACUUCGCAAAGCGCUGCGGGUCUGCCUCAGAGGGAGUGAAUUCAUGAGGAAAGGAGGAUCAGAGAAUGAUGGCUGAAUCUCCGUCAAGGCAUCCCGGCUUUGGCAAUUCUGGGAAGAGUUUUCUUAUUGAUAAUCUGUUGCGUCCUGGCAAUAAAUCACCUGCUCCUCAGAUCAUACCUGACGCUGCUCAGAGAAAGGUGCUAUCCCGGGUUGAUGUGUCGGCCGAUGGGUCUGGCUCUGAAGGGCACAUGGGGACCCUCAUAUGGAGCUCAGCAGAGUCAUCUACAAGAGACAGAGAGAGAGAGACUCAAACCACAUUCAGCAGUGAUGAUGCUGUGCGCGUCUCCUCUCAUUCACCCCUGCUGCGGCGGCUCCACACCACUGACCUGCUCUCCUCCUCUCCUCUCCAGCUCCAAGGGUUCAGGUUGUGCAGUCUGGAGUGCAGGAUCGAGCCCUAAACCCCACAGAGGAAUCCUGAGGAGAGCGGUGUUCUCAGAGCAGCAGAGGAAAGAGCUGGAGAGAACGUUCCGCAGACAGAAAUACAUCAGCAAAACUGACCGCAGCAGACUGGCCACGCAACUCUGUCUGAAAGAAACACAGGUGAAGAUUUGGUUCCAGAACCGCAGGAUGAAGUGGAGGAACUCAAAAGAGAGAGAGAGUCUGAGCACACGGCCAGCUAUGGAGGAGCUGCUGCUCAGGAGCAUUUCGGACGGAGAGGGAGAAACAGGACACACAGACACAGCCCUCCGAGCGCCACAGAGUCAUCACAGCCCCCCAGCAGCGACUGACAAACGUUCGAGAGAUCGUACGCACCAGGCCGCUCACAGUGUCCAGAGAUAA